UUGUCGAUAGUUGGACCGGAAGUUUCAGAAUUAUCGUUAUUUGAUUUACAAAAUAAUUUUUAUUGUAUGAGCCUUAAAAAGGAACAACACAUUCACUAUUCGAAGUGAUGAAAUGAUUGUGCGAUACGGGAAUGAUUGCGGACUAGAACUAUAAGAACUGUGUAACAAAACCAUUCUUGAGUGAUUUGAUCACUGAUGGGGAAGGCUGAAUCAAUGCUCACAGACUGGAUAAAUGACAUUCUGACGAUAAUGAAUCAAUAUUUAGUGAAAGGACUUUUGACAUAGAAAAUAACAUGAAAAGAUUUAAACAAACAACAAGGAGCUGAUAAAAGUGAACGUGCAUUGAUUAUCUGAAGAGGAUUUAGUGAUCAGGAGUCCCCUGGCGAAGACUUGAGCAUAUUUUGAAAGUAAUUGCUCAAAUUGAUAAGAUUGGAAUUAUUUAUGUAAAAUCUGGGGAAAUAAAUUCAUGAUGGAGUAAAAGAAAUGAAUGUUUUAUCAGUGACAUUUUUGUUGGAAUGUUGGUCUGACUUUUUGAGGCUUUGAAUUUUUUUUUAUAAAUGUACAAUAUUUAGGAGUCACUGUGUUUAAAAUAGCAGUGUUCAUAUUUGAAAUAUUUUUAUAAGCAAAAUAACUGGAUUAAGCGUUUAUAAGGCAACAAUGUUUUCCGAGGAGUUGUUACGAAGUUUGCAACCUGCAUCAGUUUUACCUGUGACGAGAAAUAUGCCAUACACAUCUGCAAGUGUACCGAGUCGGAACCAACCUCGAAACAUGACUGGAAUAUAUCUUGGACUGGAGGGCAAUAUUAAUCCUCCACCCAAUAAAGGCAUGGGCUCUGUGAAGGUUCGCAAAGGAACGUCUUCAAAAACACGCACAACGUCAGAAGAUCGUAGAUAUAAAAUUGUAGAGGCCUUGAGAAUAAAGGAAGAUUGCCGCGGGUUUCGAGGAAAUCCUUUGAAGGGACCAGACAAUUUCUUGAAAAAGGUUCCAGCCAGCACACCAACCAAUGACGAGGAGAAUGCACCUCCCCGGCAACAGCAAUACAGAAAGUGGGGACCGGCCAAGUCUGCUGAUCCCAAGCACUUUGAGGAUGUUAUCAGACAAAAUCCCCGCCAUUUCACGUCCAUAAUCAACAACGGUGUCACGCGGUCAGAGAACCUCACCGGUAUCAUGAGCUUCGCGGAGCAGUAUGGGUGGGACUUGACCAACACGCCCCUCACGGACACCAUCAUAGACGAGGUACAGAAGAUGACAUCUAUACGUGAUGAUCUGACGGGGCUAGAGGAGUGCUUUAAGAAAGUUUGUAAGGGUAACCCAGACUCAUUGCACAGUCUGCUGCCUUUACGAAAGGCCAUCGCCCGGCCAGGCAGCUACACUACAGGCUUUACUGUCAGGAGCUACAGGAACCCCAACCAGGCCGAGAUUCUUGCAAAUUUUGAGGUCACCGGAGGUUACAAACGGCCCAAGACGGUUCCCGCAAACCUCGGUUUUCAGCGACAACCUCUGGUGCCUGCUCCAUACUUCUUCAAGCACUUCAACAAACCCAUGACUGCUGGCAGCAGCAAGAAGCAUGCGUCCCCUGGCUCUCAGUUUGAUGCAGAGACCUUGAACAUGAAUGGAGAGAAGAUAGUUGGUGUGGCGGGUAGUGGGGCGGUGUCACGGUCACUGAGGGUUGCCGGGCCCCGCAGUACCACAGCAUGGAGCGAGGAUGAUGCGGUCAGGAUAAGACGGAUUCAGGUGUCAUUACAUGGAACACCAAGGAAUGAUACACCGCUGAAAGAUUCAGACCGCUCCCAUAAUGUUUCAUCCCCGCGUCACGUCAACUCAGUGACAGUUGGUGGACCCUUAGAACUGCGCGCAGAGGGCUACCAAGUGGGAACCGGCGAGGAUCGAAAUCGCAACCAGCCUGCGCACAACACUGAGGCCACUGUAAACCAGUCUGGUCCAAGUACUGGGCGUUCAGCACGAAUCACCACAAACAGUCCAGUGAUGGAUGCUCCGCAGAAGGGGGUUGUGGGUAAUGGAAUGAUCAGGCUCGAUCUGGAGACCGAGGAUGGGAAGAAGCAGGAGAUCUACAUUGAUGAUGCAGAUUCAGCAUGCGACCUUGAGAAAUUGAAGGAGUCAGAAGCCAGGGUUGCCUCUUUGCAGGAAGACGCUAAGCAGCGCAAACGGGAGCUUGAACAGAUCCUGGUCGAGCAUCAGGAAAUCGUGAAGACUAUCGUUCGUCAGACGAGUCAUGAAGAUGGCCAUGACACAUUCCAAUCUGCAAGCGAAGAAUCCCGACACCAGUGACCUUGAACUUUAUUAUAGUGUCCAGCAAUAGAAUGUGUUGAUGUACUAACUUAUUGAUGGAUGUGUUGGGAGUAUAUUGUUUAGAUGAUAGUUCUUUUCCAGUAUUGCAUUUUUGUUGUGUUUUACGACAAAAUAAGAAUGCACAGGUGAAAGUGUUUUCAGCAUUUAUAUUAUUUAUUCUUACAUUAUUAACAACUAAGAGUUCAUGACAUUAAAAACUGGAUGUACGCAUGUGUACUUUUUAAAAAUUCUGUAUUUGCCCCAACAACUUCUUAUUGGGGGCAAAACUGUAUACAUGUACCUGUACAAUUACUUAUUUUACUUGUAAAUAAUGUGUUUCUUCAACUAGGUUAUUAUGAAUAUUGGGUCAUUGUUUGAAAAUAUCUGUGCUAAAUAAUAGUAAUAAGUAAAUAUUUUUGACAUUCUCUCUGUGGAAAAACGUGGUUUGUGCAUGUGCGAAAAGUAUCGUCCCUGAUAAGCCCAGGUAGUACUUUCAGGCUAAUCAGGGACAACAGUCAUUUUGCUUUUGUGGAACUUUUCAUAUAAAAACACUGUAUUAUGUGAAUUGGGAAUAAGACAUCAAUUUGGGAAUAAAUUGUGUUUUAUUAAAAGUGCAUAAUAUGCAGUUUUAUAUGUUGCAUUUAUCUAGUUUUACAAAUUAUAAUUAAAACAUAAACUUGCAUAUAUAAUAGCAUCAUUUAAAUUGAUUUUACUUAAAAACUGGAUUUUUAAUUAAUUAAAAAAAAAAUCCUCAUGAAAUGAAACUGCCGCGCAUGGACACCGUUUAAAAAUACACUUUAAAUGAUAUAAAUUCAAUCACUGUUAAUGAAAAAGUCAUGGAAAAUUUCUUAUUAUGCUUAAAUUAUAGAUAAUAUAUUACAAAAAUAUAUGUAGAUCAUGAAAUGAAUAGUUUUGUUUGAGAAAAUCACCAAAAUGAUGUCCAUUCCCAGUUUGAUGUCUUAUUCCCAAUUCACAUAAUACAGUGUUUAAAGAAGUAUCUUUUAAACGACAAUCCAAUCUAGGCUGAAAGUGUCAUCCCUUAUAAGCCGGUUCAGACUGCACAGGCUAAUCUGGGAACAUACUUUACGCACAUGAAUUAAGCCUGGUUUUCCCAUAGAGCGGUUCAUUAUCUGUUUUCAGUUGGCUAGAUAAGUAUAAGGAUCAUUUUGUACUUUAUUGUAUUUUAUAAAUAGCUUGUUAUUGCAAUAAGAACUAUCUAGACAACAGGUCCAAGUAAAAACUUUGUAACAAUUUCUUGUAAUAUAUAGGUUACAUUUAUGUUAUUUACCUUGACAGCCAUCAUUUCAGCAUAUGCAUCAAGAAGACUGAUAGUGUAAUCUUGCAAGUGACAUAUUAUUUGCUGUAACACUUGCUGCUAAAUGGGUAAUGCAUAGCAACUGGAGGUUUAGCAAUAAUAAUGAAAAUGGUCUUAAUUAUAUUUUCACUGUUAAAGUUAUAAAACAAGCAGCAAACAAUACCUCUCACAUUUUAUCCCCAUGUUAUGGCCCUGUUGAUAUAACACUUGUGUAUCAGUUUAAACUGUCAUUCUUGAACUCACUGCAUGUCCACCCUCAAAACAGCGAACACAGGGUGUAUUUUCAUGAUGCCUUUCGAUAUUUAUUGUCUUUGUUAGUUAGCCAUUUCCAAAACACAAAAUGCAAACAUGAUGGUUUAAGUUAAAAUACCAGGUUAAUGACAAUUACAGAUGAUUUCUUUAAUGGUUUUAAAUAAAAAAGACUGCUUUAGUUGGCAUUUAAGCCUGAAACACUCAACAAUGCUCACAGUUUAGGUAUUGUAAACCUCUCCUAGAUAAACACUCUUUAUUCUACACCAACUUUGUAUUCUCAUGUUUGUUGAAAUAUUUGAUUGUACUUUUUGACAUGCAGUUACAUGCAUGUACCGUAAUCACUCUUAAAGCUAUUAACCAAACAUUACAAUUGGUACCAUUAUACAAUGUGUACUUUUUCUGGGUUUUACUUAUAGUCUCUAUACUAACAGUUCUGUUAUAUCAAAGAAAUAAUAUCAUGUUUUGAAAAUGUGUUAAUUACAAUAGUUUGUGUAUGGUCAUAUGAAAAUUUAAAAAACAGGAUUAUUAAUAAACUAUUUAUAGCUUAUAAUUUCUUGAAACAAUUAUGUAUUAUUUAUGUUUUUGUUGAUUAAUCCGCAGACUUUUCGCUUGUGAACUUAAAGGAUGCAGAGAGCUUAUGAAGCCCUUUCUGUCAGAAAAUUAAAACCAUCAUGAUUAUAUUACUGUGUUACUUGCAUCUUCCUUGCUCCCUGUUCAGAGAAUGUCAUUCUGAGAUUUCUCAAUACAGUGACUGGAGAACUUUGUUGAGGGAAUGUAACUAGGUAAAGUGAACAAGAUUUCUUCACAUUAAUACGUACAGCGUCAUGCAAAAAUGGGUCUUCGACUAAUGUGGCAAGGGUAGCUCCAGACCAUGCAGUCUGCGUAUUUGCCCAGUCUGCUUGGGUGCUACCUGGUAUGUUAAAGUGACCACAAAACCUUGUGUGACCUUAUAGUGGACAGUGAAGCUCCUGACUAGACUGCACAAAUGGGCUGGCUGUUCCAUUUUAGCAAUGGCCCGGCUCAUUUUUCCUAUAUUUGUAGUCUGAGUAGUUUAUUUUCGGGGAUUAAAAUAAGUCUAGGAUUAAAUUUGUUUUUCUGUUUUGUCAUUAAUCAUUUCUGUUUAAAUUCAUAUACUGUUGUGAAAAAAACAACCAUGAUAUACAUAAAUAAAGCAUUGUCUUAACAAUGUUUUGUUCUUUUGCUUGCAAGGAAAACAUAUAUUUGUUCAUUGCCAAUCAAAAUGUAAAUUCAAUGCAAAGUACAUGCACAGUGCCAUUAAAACUAAACAUAUUUGAUAAAUGCUUCUUAUACUGCUGGCUGAUAUUUGUGUGUGUUUUUUUUGUUUCAAAUUUUGGUUAACACAUGUUAAAUUUUGUUUGUAACAAGUAUGAUACAUACCUUUGUUUGUUUUUAGAUCAAUUGGAUUAGGUUGAUGUUCAGAUAUCUUGAUGAUUAUAGGGAUUCAUCAUUUUCUUGCUUACUUUUUAGCUCACCUGAGCACAAUGUGCUCAUGGUGAGCUUUUGUGAUCCCUUGUGCGGCGUCAACAUUUGUCUUGUUAACUCUCUUAAUUGUCCAAUCUUCAUGAAAUUUUGUCAGAAGAUUGGUCUCAAUAAUAUCUUGGAUGAGUUCGAAAAUGGUAACGUUUGCUUGAAAAACAUGGCUGCCAAGGGGCUGGGCAUUUUUCCUUAAAUGGCUUUAUAUGGCUAAAGUAAAACCUUGUUAACACUCUAGAGGCCACAUUUAUUGUCUGAUCUUCAUGAAACUUGGUCAGAAGAUUCAUCCCAAUAAUAUCUUGGACAAGUUCCAAAAUGAUACGGGUUGGUUGAAAAACAUGGCCGCCAGAGGGCAGGGCAUUUUUCCUUAUAUGGCUAUAGUAAAACCUUGUAAACACUCUAGAGGCCACAUUUAUUUUCCUUAUCUUCAUGAAACUUGCUCAGAAGAUUUGUCUCAAUGAUAUUUUGGAUGAGUUAAAAAAUGGUUACCUUUGCUUGAAAACCAUGGCCACCAAGGGGCGGGGCAAUUUUCCUUAUAUGGCUAUAUAUGGCUAUAGUAAAAUCUUGUUAACACUCAAGAGGCCACAUUUAUUGUCCAAUCUUCAUGAAACUUGGUCAGAAGAUUCAUCCAAAUAAUAUCUUGGAUGAGUUCAAAAAUGAUGCCGGUCGGUUGAAAAACAUGGCCGCCAGGGGGUGGGGCAUUUUUCCUUAUAUAGCUAUAGUAAAACCUUGUUAACACUCUAGAGGUCACAUUUACUGUCCAAUCUUCAUGAAAUUUGGUCAGAAAGUUUGUCUUAUUGACAUCUUGAAUGAGUUCGAAAAUGGUUACAUUUGCUCAAAAAACAUGGCUGCCAAGGGGCGGGGCUUUUUUCCUCAUAUGGCUAUGGUAAAAUCUUGUUAACACUCUAGAGGCCACAUUUAUAGUCUGAUCUUCAUGAAACUCAUUCAGAAGAUUCAUCCCAAUAAUAUCUUGGACGAGUUAAAAAAUGAUGCCGGUUGGUUGAAAAACUUGGCCGCCAGGGGGCGGGGCAUUUUUCCUUAUAUGGCUAUUGUAAAACCUUGUUAACACUCUAGAGGUCACAUUUAUUUUCCGAUCAUCAUGAAACUUGGUCAGAUGAUUUGUCCCAAUGAUAUCUUGGAUGAGUUCGAAAAUGGUUUUGAUUGCUUUAAAAACAUGGCCACCAGGGGACGGGGCAUUUUUCCCUAUAUGGCUAUAGUAAAACCUUGUUAACACUCAAGAGGCCACAUUUAUUGUCCAAUCUUCAUGACAUUUGGUCAGAAGAUUGGUCUCAAUGAUAUCUUGAAUGAGUAUGAAAAUAAUUAUUUUUGCUUGAAAAACAUGGCUUCCAAGGGGCUGGGCAUUUUUCCUUAUAUGGCUAUAUUAAAAUCUUGUUAAAACUCUAGAGGCAACAUGUACUGUUCAAUCUUCAUGAAACUAGGUCAGAAGAUUCAACCCAACAAUAUCUUGGAAGAGUUCAAAAAUUAGGCCAGUUGGUUGAAAAACAUUGCUGCCAGGGGGCGGGGCAUUUUUUUCUUAUAUGGCUAUAGUAAAACCUUGUAAACACUCUAUAGAGGCAAUAUUUAUUUUCCGAUCUUCAUGAAAUUUGGUCAGAAGAUUUGUCCCAAUAAUAUCUUGUUAUCUCAGGUGAGCGACUUUGGGCCUUUCAGGCCCCCUUGUUUUAUGUAUAUGUAAAGGCCACUCUGAUGAAAAUUUACCAGCACAUGUAUUUGUGUGAUCAACCUUUGACAAUGAAUUAUAGACUAAUUAGAAAUGUUAUGUUUAAAAAAACACUUUGUUAGACAUUUUUUUAAAGUUUUAGAGCAUUUAUUUAUCAAUUAAAAAUGUGACACAAUUAAAAACUAGUUUCAAUUCCGCCAUGAUAAAUAUCUAACCUGGGUAGUAACGUUUGUUUUUUGAUUUAGGUCAUGUUUAACAGAUUUAUUAUUUUCUGCUUGGACAGCAGGUUUUUAUAUGAAAAUAUAGACAGAUAUUGGUUGUCAUAUUUAACUUGUGUACAAAAAUGUACUGUUAUACAUGUAUAUGACAAUAUGAUAAAACUAUUACUCAGCAGGUAUACUAGGUGAAAGUUAUCAUGCUAUAAUAUAUAAAUCAUGUACUUCAAGUGAUUCUUGCUAACAAUACAAUUCUUUCAUAGUAUGUUAAAUAUUUGAGUAUGAUAAAAACCAAUGCAUAUUUUAAUUAGACAAUUAUAGCGGACAUGAAAGCUUGAAAUCUCAUAAACAAAUAAAAUACACAGUUAUCAUGUAGUCCAUUAUAUAGAAAUUACAACAAUUUUGAUUUGUGUGUUUUUUAACUUCAGGUGAGUGAUUUGUUUCGUUACACUUAUAUGGGGAAAAAUAAAUAUACCACAUGUUAAAGAAUAUACCUCACACUGAAUUAAUUUUUUUCAAUGUUUAUUGGAAGAAAAAUGUGGGUUUAAAUGUUUGUAAAUAAUUUAUUUACAAGGAUUUAAACCUUAAAUUAUUUACAAACAUUUAAACCCACAUUUUUAUCAUUUAAUAAAGUUCAUGUAGAUAUUCAUUGUCGGACACCCACGUUCUACCCAUUCCGCUUCUCUCCAGUUAUCGAGUAAUGCUGGAGAGUAACGGAAUGAAUUAGUCGUGGGUAUCCGACAAUGGUAGAUAUUGGGAGCUCUUGUAAUAAAUGGCUCAAAUGCCAUACUAGUGUAUCGUGUUUGUAAGAGUAAAGUACAUUCAUCAGUUUUGCAUUCAACAUUGUUAUUUUGCUUCAAGCUGUAUAUACUGAAUGAAUUACAUGUGAUCUUGUUAUAACUUCAUUUCUGUGAUAGUAAGAGAAGUUUUAGUUCUGUUAAAUUGUCAUAGGGUACUUGCAUAGAGUUCAAUAUCAUUAAAAUCAAUACCUUAUGCUUAUUGUAAAUUGUGGUGCCAAAAUCUGAGAACAUUAUAUGAGCCUUGUUCUGGAAAUACAUGACUUAAUGCAUGUGCGUAAAGACAGGCGUAUCAGGGACGACAAUGCAUGUGCGUAAAGACAGGCGUAUCAGGGACGACAAUGCAUGUGCGUAAAGACAGGCGUAUCAGGGACGACAAUGCAUGUGCGUAAAGACAGGCUUAUCAGGGACGACAAUGCAUGUGCGUAAAGACAGGCGUAUCAGGGACGACAAUGCAUGUGCGUAAAGACAGGCGUAUCAGAGACGACAAUGCAUGUGCGUAAAGACAGGCGUAUCAGGGACGACAAUGCAUGUGCAUAAAGACAGGCGUAUCAGGGACGACAAUGCAUGUGCGUAAAGACAGGCGUAUCAGGGACGACAAUGCAUGUGCGUAAAGACAGGCAUAUCAGGGACGACACUUUCCGCUGUUAUUGAAUUUUUUGUUCAGUCUCUUCCAAACAAAAAUCCAGUCAAGGUGGAAAGUGUCGUCCCUGAUAAGUUUGUUCGAACUGAACAGGUUAAUCUUUGACCACAAUUUACACACAUGCAUUAAGCCCUGUUUUCAGAGAGCGCGGCUCAUGUAAACAUGUCUCAAUCAGGUGACAAUCCAAAACAUGAAUAUAAUGUUGGUUAAGUGUUAAAUCAAUAAGCUUUUUUACACAACUGCUAGUAGAAAUUAAAAUAACCUGUUAGAGACUAUUCAAAAGCCAAUGUUUUCUUCUUACAAGUCGAUGAACUAUGAUUUAUAUCAGCAAUAUUUAUAUUCAACAUUUUUACGUACAAAAACCUCAGCACAAAAAAGCCAGUGACUACAAAGGAUUUUUGUGUUUUAGGGAUUAUCUCAAGUCUUAUAAUAAGUGAAAAUUGUUUUUGCUAGCUUAAAAUAACAAUGUUUCAUUGGGAUCUAUUCUUUAGAAGAAAUGUUCAAAAAUAGCUACCUUUGUGUCAACAAUUUGGUAAAUAAUGUUCUACUCACACACAUAAUUGUGCCUUAUUGUUACUUUGUUAAAAUUAAUUAUUUAAAUGCUCUUGUUACCACUGUAUUAAUUUGUGAAUUUCGAAUAUCAAACUUGGAAUGGAUAUCAUUUUGGUGAUUAUCCCACAUAAGACUGUGAGUAUCAUGAUUUGUAUGUUUGUUAUAUGAUUUCAAUAGUUUUAGUUUAUUCAGCACUUUGCCAUGACUUCUCUUUAAGUGACUUGUUUUUUUUUUAUAAUUGGCCGAGUAUUUUUUAUUCGUGUUCAUGCAUGCAUGGAUAAGGUCUCAGUUUUUAGGGAUUUUUUAUGCAUACAAAUAUAAAACUUUGGGUUAAAAUAAAGUUUAAUCCUGCAAUUAUAUAUGCAGGUGUCUAUUUGAGGCAUAAGUUGUUAGAUUUAAUGAAUCCAACAUUUUAAAUUGUAUACAAUGCCUUAUUGAAUAAAUCCCUUUAUUCCAAAUUGACAUCAAGAGAUGUUUUUGUUUUUUUGGUCGCAUUUUCUUUUACUUUGUUAUAAUUAAUGACUUUUUCAUUUUUCAACAUAUUGUACAUUAAUUUAUAUAAUCAAUUGUCCUUUAAAAAUUGAUUUAUUGGUUUGCUUUAGUCUCAUGCUUCAGAUUCACGAUGUCACAUGUGUAUGUACUCUUAGUGUUCUACUUAACUGUCAUGUUCAACUCUAAACAAGCGGUAAUAAACAUUAGAUAUAA